CAAAAAUGUUGCUGCCUUUUGUGACGUGGCUGCUGGCCUGCAGCUUGUCCACAGGCGUUCCUGUCAAAUCACUGGACGGAUCUACUUCUUCAGGAAAUGCCACCAUUCCUGCACCAGCCAGUAAUCAGACUUUAGGAGAGGUGCAAAGUGACAUGCCAGUUCAAGAAGGAGACAUGCUGGUGGAUGAAGACAGGAAUGCUGUGAACAUGGUGUGGGGUGAUGCAAUUGUCCCUUAUGAAAUCAAUCCAAAUGUUGCUUCUCGAACGGCAGAUAUCCUGGCAGCUUUCAACAUGAUCAUGAGGUCCACGUGCAUUCGCUUCCAGCCACACACCAAUGAAUAUAACUACAUUGAAAUUAAGAACGGAGCAGGCUGUUCAUCGUUUGUCGGGUGCCGUGGAGGUUCCCAGCCUGUGUACUUUGACAAAACGUGCUCUGUGGGGAACCUGUGCCAUGAGCUCAUUCAUGGUCUGGGGUUGUUUCACGAACACACCCGUCCAGACCGAGAUCAACACAUCACCAUCAACUGGUCAAAUAUCAUGCCGGGCAAGGAAGGAAACUUUGAGAUUAAUCCAGGAAAUACUCUGAACCUGCCUUAUGACUACGGUUCUAUAAUGCAUUAUGGAUCGGCUUACUUCAGUGUUGACGGAAGUCCAACUAUAGUGACCAAAGAAGGAGGAAGUAUCGGUCAACGGAAACAACUGAGCCAACUGGAUGCACAGAAACUGAAUGCGCUCUACCACUGCUGAAAGGACUGUUUAAAAAAAAUAACUGUCAAAUCUGUUGUAGAUGAAAAGAUGACGAUAAGCUACAAUAACACUGGAGAUUUAAUAAAACUGUUAAACCACA